GCGCUGGCGGCCACGCGAGCCCCGUGCCACCCGGCUCCUGCCGCGCGCCGAGGCAGAGCGAGGACGGCGUUGCGGGCGGCCGCGAGGCUCCGGGGGGCGCGCUGGGGAGGAGCCCGGGUGGAGGCCAGAGCUGCAUGGAGUUUCUAGGGCGCGCAACUCCGGCGGGGCCUCGGCCACUGGGUUCCGGGGCGCAGCGAGGCAGCCGCGCACAUGGGCUGAGCCCGCGCGGUCAGCGAGAACGGGAGGGGUAGAGGAGCGCGCGGGUGCAGGGGGUGCAGGGCACGCGUCCCCAGACGGGAGCAGAGGACAAGGACAGGGAGGAACGCGCUCAGCUCGCGCUCCGAGCCGACGAGGGGGGCUCGCGCCGGCCUCGGCGCGCGCGUUGGGGAGCGGCCCCGGGGGCGCCGUGGGAGCCGGCGGCAGCGAGGAUGCCGGCACGAGAACGCGGCUGCCGGCUGGGGGUGUGAGCCAGAGGCUGAGCGCUGCCCCGCUCGGCGCCUCCAUUCUGCCGCCCCCUCCCCGCGGGCCUCGGAGGAAGCCCCCCGCGCCGCACGGAGGCGCCAAGGCAGCCGGGCUGAGGGGCCCCGGCCGAGAGAGAGGGAGAAGAUGCCUUUCCACCAUGUGACCGCCGGCUUGCUGUACAAGGGGAAUUAUCUCAACCGAUCUCUCUCUGCUGGCAGCGACAGUGAGCAGCUGGCCAACAUCUCUGUGGAGGAGCUGGACGAAAUCCGAGAGGCUUUCCGGGUACUGGACCGAGAUGGAAAUGGUUUCAUUUCCAAGCAGGAGCUGGGCAUGGCCAUGCGCUCUCUGGGAUACAUGCCGAGUGAGGUGGAACUGGCUAUCAUUAUGCAACGUUUGGACAUGGACGGGGAUGGCCAGGUGGAUUUUGAUGAAUUCAUGACAAUUCUUGGUCCCAAACUGGUGUCAUCAGAAGGCCGAGAUGGUUUCCUUGGAAACACAAUAGACAGCAUAUUCUGGCAGUUCGACAUGCAGAGGAUAACCCUGGAGGAGCUCAAGCACAUUCUCUACCACGCCUUCCGAGACCACUUGACAAUGAAGGAUAUUGAGAACAUCAUCAUCAAUGAGGAGGAGAGCCUGAAUGAGACCUCGGGGAACUGCCAGACGGAGUUCGAAGGCGUGCAUUCUCAGAAACAGAACAGACAGACCUGCGUCCGGAAGAGCCUCAUCUGCGCCUUCGCCAUGGCCUUCAUCAUAAGCGUCAUGCUGAUCGCCGCCAACCAGAUCCUGCGGAGCGGCAUGGAGUAGCUGCAGCCCCCUGCAGCCCCCAUGGUGCCUCCAGCUCACCCGCAUGUGCAUGGGGCCCAGCGGGCAGACUCUGUCCCUAUUCAUGGCAGACCUGGACCUACAGAUGGUGGACUGGACAGGGUGGUUGGCACAGCUCGACUCGGGACCCAAGGCUUGCAGCGCAACCCGGGUUGCCAGUCAACUCCAUGUCCUUGGCAGGGAUACACAAGGGCUGUCUUCAACGCUUUAAUGGUUUUGUUUUCCUCUAAUGCAAUAAAUUGCCAGGAGUUC